AUGAGUGACUCCAUCGACAUCAGCAACCAAACACCUCCUGCUGCCGACACUUCCCAAGAGCAAAUCACGCUUUCAAGCACGCAACUCUCCGUGAGUGAAGAAUCGCCAACUUCCUCCGGCAACUCUUAUUCCGUCAAUGACUUGCUCCACCACCAAGAUCCUCAGCAACUUCUUUACUCCUCCUACGACCCAACGAAUGAUGUCUAUCGAGCACAGACCCAAACUAUGUCCUCUUAUGGACCUACGUAUCACAAUCUGCCGCAUGCUACCUCUCCAAUGACGCCUUACUUGUCGCAGACCAUUUCCCCGUCCAGCUACACGAGCGAUCCGUACUCAGCCGGACCUACCGCGUGGUACCCACCAUCGGGCAAUAUGAGCACUAGCCAAUUCACCAGCUCCAUGGCAGCUCGAGGCUCGCUCUACCUGCCUACUUCGUAUGGCUUCGGAUCUGACUACAAGCACAUUAUGCAGCCCUCAGCUCAAAGAAGAAAACGGAGAGUUCUUUUCUCCCAAGCUCAGGUUUUCGAAUUGGAGCGACGCUUCAAGCAACAAAAGUACCUCUCUGCGCCGGAACGCGAAGCUCUUGCCCAGCUGAUUAACUUGACGCCGACUCAAGUGAAAAUCUGGUUCCAGAACCAUCGCUACAAAAUGAAGCGAUCAACAAAAGACAAGCUUCCUGAUGGGAAGGACACUUCAGCUGGCCUUGACUCGCCGAACUCUGAGUCGGAAUCCGAAUCAGGCCAAACUUCCUGCCACCGCGUUCCAAUAGAAGGUGCCUCUCAGCCAAACUCUGCACCUGGCGUGCAGUUCAGUACCGAGGACGAUCAAGAGCACGUGGCGAAUCAAGUGGAUCUAGGCGCCUCAACGGCCGCGUUUUCUGUCAAAGUCGAGGACAUUCCUGAAAACCAGUCAAUGUACGAUUCGUCCGCCCUCCCGAACGUUCAGUCCUCUCAUGGAUACCACCAUGGAGUUUCCGGGAAUCUGAUUCCAAAAAUUUGCCGCCAGAUCAACCCGAAAUGCAAAGGAAAAGUUCUAACUAAGAAUCGAGGUCGGAUUCGUCUCAAGAGAAAAGCCAAGCAGAAUAUUGACCCAACCAAGGGAUUUUCUUGCCGCUGGGAGAUCAUUUCUGACAACCCGAAUCACCGUAUUCGAAUCAGAAUCACACAAGGAAAAGGAUUCGACAUCGAGCACCAGCAGAUUUGCGGAGCAGACCGUCUUCACGUGAUUGGCGGCGGCGGCGAAAAAUAUGGACGGCUCUGCAAUAGUCCUCAUACGAAGGGAAUGACCUACAACGGACUUCCAGCGCUUCUCAGUUAUAACAAGACCAAGAUUGCAUCUAGAGAGUGGCGAGACUGGAUCGAACUUCCGACAAAUCACUUGGUGAUUGCCUUUGACUCCGACGGAACAAUCAACGAACUGUCUGGCGGCUUCCGACUGGUUUACCAAAUGGUGGACCGCUACUUUGUACCCAACGAAGUGCGAGAGGAAAUCGUCAACUUGAAGGAGACCGAAGAGCUCUUGCUCAACAAGAUAUUCACUCCAGGCGACAAAUAUCACGAGCGCAUCAGCAACAUGAUUUCUGAGCAUUUCAACCAAAUCUACGAGAAAUGGCACGAGUGCGGCGGUGCUGCCCUCGACCCCAACUUCAAUCUUGACGAAGACUUCCUUCGCCACACAUCUGAAAUCGACUACACCGGAGAGAUCAAGGCUGUCUACGAGCGAUACAAAGACUUCAUUCAGGCUCAACUUGUUGACAUUGGAUUCUGCAAGAAGGCGCACAUCGACAACAUCGAAGCGAAAAAGACGAAGCUGGAAAGAAUCUUCAUCAAGUCUUGCGUUGAAAUCGGAAAAUGCCUGCCAGAAGUCUACUAA